CCCCCUUUGCACACUCACAGGCAUGAGUCUCUGAUGUGUUUUCCUCAUCUGUGAGAUUAUUCCGUGUCAUCAUGAGUCUCUCUGGGCAAACCAGCUCUCAGGACACAGAGGCCAGGGAGCAGAAGAGAUCUCAAUCACCUGUGCCAAGCUGUGUUUCUGCCAAGAGUGACCGCUCAAUGGAUCUGCCAUUCAACUUCAGGUGCAAUUCUCUGGAACCCCAAUCAAAAAUCAGGGAGCUGAAGAGAUCUCAUUCCCCUGUGCCGAGCUGUGUGUCUGCCAGGAGUGACCGCUCAAUGGACCUGCCAUCAAACUUCAGGCACAAUUCUCUGGCACCCCAAUCAAAAAUCAGGUCGACAACAACAGAUUUCAGCUCAAAAGAGCAGAAGAGAUGUCAUUCCCCUGUGCUGAGCUGUGUGUCUGCCAAGAGUGACCUGUCAAUGGGCCUGCCAUCCAACUUCAGGCAAAAUUCUCUGGCACCCCAAUCAGGUGGACAACAACAGAUUUCAGCUCAGAGCAUAGGCACACAUGAACUUGAAGAUCAUGAAGAGCUGAAGAUGCUCCUGAAGGGGAAGUUUGAGUAUGUAAACGAGGGCCAAGUAGAGUCAGGAUGUCUGCUUAGUGACAUCUACACCGAGCUCUAUGUCACAGAAGGCAUGGAUGGAGAUGUGAAUGCUGAACACGAGAUCAGACAGAUCGAGAUGCCAUCAAUGAGACCUACACCAACAGAAACACCAAUCCACUGCAAUGACAUCUUUAAACCCACAUCCAAAACAGACACACAUGUCAAAACUGUGCUGACGAGAGGAAUCGCUGGCAUUGGCAAGACCAUCACCGUGCAGAAGUUCAUCUUGGACUGGGCCGAGGGACGAGCCAAUCAGGAUGUCCAUCUGUUGCUCCCGCUGCCUUUCCGGGAGCUCAAUCUGCUGAUGAAGAGAAAACACAGCCUGGUUAGCCUUGUACAACACUUCACCACGCAAACAAGCGCCCUGCAGCUCAGCAACGCUGACAGAUACAAAAUCGCAUUCAUCUUUGACGGCCUGGACGAGUGUCGACUUCCCCUGAGUUUCCAUGACAACCCUGCAGUGUAUGACGUCACGGAGGUCUGCUCCGUGGAUGCUGUUUUGACGAGCCUGAUGAAAGGCACUCUGUUCCCCUCCGCUCUCCUCUGGGUGACUUCUCGACCAGCAGCCACUAACAGGAUCCCCCCUGAGUAUGUGCACCUCCUGACUGAGAUCCGCGGCUUCAGCGAUGCUCAGAAGGAGCAGUACUUUAGGAAGAAGAUACCCGAGCCAAAUUUGUGCAGGGAGGUGGUUUCACACGUGAAGUCAUCCCGGAGCCUCUACAUCAUGUGCCACAUUCCAGUGUUCUGCUGGAUCUCUGCCAUUGUUCUACAGCAAAUACUCUCAGACACAGAUGCCAGGGAGAUUCCUAAAACUCUCACUGAGAUGUACACUCACUUCCUAAUCACUCUGUCAAACACCAGAAAUAAGAAGUAUGCAGAUGCCUCUGGGCCUUUAGAUGGGGAAAUGGUUCUCAAACUAGGCAAAUUGGCAUUUCAGCAGCUGGAGAAGGGUCACCUGAUCUUCUAUGAAAGAGACCUGGCAGAUUGUGGGAUUGAUGCUGAAGAGGCGUCAGUGUACUCGGGAGUCUGCACACAGAUCUUCAGAGAAGAGCCCCCGUUGCACCAUGGCAAGGUUUACUGCUUCGUCCACCUCAGCAUUCAGGAGUUCCUUGCUGCUUUGUUCCUGUUUGUCUCUUUCGCCAGUCGUGGAUCACACAACGCUGAAGACCAGCAUAUCAGAUACUUCUGUGAUGUGGAGAGCUUGUCCGACCUCCACAGGCACAUGAUGGACGAAGCAUUGCGGAGUAAGAGUGGACACCUGGAUCUGUUCCUCCGCUUCCUGCUGGGCCUCUCUCUGGAAGCCACCCAGGGGCUCCUGCGAUGCCUUCUUCCCCAGCUAAGAGCCUGCCACUCGGGCAGCAGGGAACUGACGGUCAGAUACAUCAAACAGAAGAUCAGGGAAAACGCAGACACCGAGAAGUCAAUCAAUCUCUUCCACUGCCUGAGGGAGUUGAAAGAUCCCUCCCUGGAGAAGGAGAUCCAAAGUUACCUGAGAACAGGGUGUUUGUCCGGGGUGUGUCUGUCGCCUGCACAGUGGUCGGCGUUAGUUUUUGUGCUUCUGACUUCUGAGGAGGAGGAGUUGGAGGAGUUUGACUUGAAGAAAUACGCCCAGUCAGAGAAGUGUCUGCUCAGCCUGCUGCCCUGUGUCAAGGCGUCCAGAACGUCCUUGUUGAAUAAAUGCAAUCUGACUGAAGAGUGUUGCCCAGUGUUGGCCUCUGUGCUGCGUUCAACCACUUCCUGUCUGAGAGAGCUGGACCUGAGCAUGAACAAGCUGUAUGACUCAGGAGUCGAGCAGCUCUGUUCUGGCCUGCAAGACCCACUCUGUAAACUGGAGACACUGAGGUUGUUGGAUUGUGGACUGACAGAGGAAGCGUUUUUUCAUGUGGCCUCUGCCCUGAGUUCUAACCCCUGCCACUUGAGACUGCUGGAUCUGGGCAAGAAUAUGCCUGGAGAGUCGGGAAUCAAGCAACUGUGCUCUGUGUUGAUAAAGGAACCUCAGUGUGGGCUGGAGAUCCUGAUGUGA